AUGGCUACUAGAACUCAAUUUGAAAACUCUAAUGAAAUUGGUGUCUUCUCCAAGUUGACUAACACAUACUGUUUAGUCGCUGUUGGUGGUUCCGAAAACUUUUACUCAGCCUUCGAAGCUGAACUAGGUGAUUCCAUUCCAAUCGCUCAUACUACUAUUGCUGGUACUCGUAUCAUUGGUAGAAUGACUGCAGGUAACCGUAGAGGGUUAUUAGUUCCAACACAAACUACUGAUCAAGAAUUGCAACAUCUAAGAAACAGUCUUCCAGACUCCGUUAAAAUCCAAAGAGUAGAAGAAAGACUUUCUGCUCUAGGUAAUGUCAUUUGUUGUAACGAUUAUGUUGCUUUAGUACACCCAGAUAUUGAUAGGGAAACUGAAGAACUGAUAAGUGAUGUCUUAGGUGUUGAAGUUUUCCGUCAAACAAUCUCUGGUAACAUUUUAGUUGGUUCAUACUGUUCCUUGAGUAAUCAAGGUGGUCUAGUGCAUCCACAGACUACUAUCCAAGAUCAAGAAGAACUUUCAUCUUUGUUGCAAGUUCCAUUGGUUGCUGGUACCGUUAACCGUGGUUCUUCUGUUGUUGGUGCUGGUAUGGUUGUUAACGAUUACUUAGCUGUCACUGGUUUAGAUACAACUGCUCCAGAAUUGAGUGUUAUUGAAAGUAUUUUCCGUCUACAAGAUGCUCAACCGGAAUCUAUUUCUGGUAAUCUACGUGAUACUUUAAUCGAAACAUAUUCUUAA